AUGCAACAAAAUCUAGAUAACCAUCGGUCCGGUUUUCUAGCAGCUCUUGAUGUCUUUGAAAUCCAUUUGAAUUCACCAUGUUCAGCAGGACAAAGUACUGGUAAAUCCACCACACCAGAUAGAACAGACGCAGGUGCAGGAAGGACCUUCAUUCUUAACUCCAUAGACAAUGAUUACCAAAUUAAUUGUUGCGGAUUUGUUUCUGGAUGGGAAGUUUACGUACUCACUACAUAUGGUACACUAUAUGCUCAAGUAUGGCGAGAUGUCUCAGGCGUGUGGACUCUUAUUGGACAAAACUCCUUUGUUAUCAACUCCACAAGCUCUAACUCCCUUAAGAAUCUUCAAGUAUCCACAUCAGAACAAAUAUCUGUUGACGCUGGAGACUUUAUAGGAUUUAAAUCAUCAGGUAAUACUAUACCGGGCUACAUGAGGACGAAUUCGGGCGUGGGAAGUUCCACUGAUAAUGUGAUUUUCUCUGAUACGGCUACAGAGGUGGUGGGGAGCACCGGCGCGUUCUCUACAUAUUCUGAUAGUAAUGCUGAGUUUGCUAUCAAGGCUGAGUUGUCUCCAGGAAACAGUCCUAUGUUUACAAAUCUUCCGGCGACGUCCUCUGUAACUGAUGACACUGCUGCAGGAACAACGUUAUUUACCGUGACAGCAACAGAUGCAGACGCCUCUGACAACCUGACGUAUACACUGACGUCAACAAAUCCCUCCUCCGCGUCCUUCAACUUUGAUACUUCUUCUGGAAAUUUGACCACUGUUGCUACAGUGAGUGCCGGGACUACAACGUUUACAUUCUCAGUGACUGAUCAGUGUGGUAAUACAGACUCAUCCACGUUUACUUUAACUGUUACAAACAAGCCUCCAGUUUUUCAAAACCUUCCAAACACUACGGAAGUAAGCGAAGAUCUAUUGGAAGAAACGGAGUUGUACAUUCUGACGGUAACUGAUCCGACAGUAGGAGACACUGUUACGUGUUCGUCAACCAUCAGUCCUAACACAAAUGAUCUCUACCUGUAUUAUUCUAUAGGAAAUUCUAGGUAUUCAAUAUAUCUUCGUGCGGCUGCCACUCUUGAUUAUGAUACCACCAGGGAGUAUUUGAUGACAAUACAAUGCACCGACACUAAAGACGCUGUGAACAGUACAUUCGUCGUGUAUGUGACAAAGAAUGAACCACCUGUUAUAUCUAAUCUGCCAGCAAGUGUGACUGUUUCACCCUCCACGGUUACAGGGACGUCUAUAUUCACGGUAUCGUCCACAGACAAAGAAGCUGCCCAGCUGUACUACAAUAUGACAUGUUUACCAGCUUCUUGUCCUUUCAAGAUAUUUAGUUCUGGUGCAGUGCUAACUGAGAGUAAUGUAGUCAACGUUACAGAACCGGGUUUUGACCUGUAUAUUUAUGUCUACGAUGGAAAAAAUCUAGUUGGGCCGAAAGUUUUGACAGUUCAGAUACUAGAAAGCGAUUCGUCCAGCACAUCGUCUACCUCAUCUGAUUGGUUGUCCUCAGAUGCUAAGUAUAUACUGGUGAUCCUGGCCAUUUUUGCCGGACUAGCGACCUUCGCCUUGUUUGGAGUUUGUGUUCUGGUAAUCAGACAUAAGGGAUAUAAGGCCCAAUCCAGAUCAAGGACUAUAAUCAAAGCGAAACCUUUCCUUUAA